UUUAGAAUAGAAUUUUUAAGAAAAAUGCGCUACGUGGCUGUGCCUUGUCCAGUAAAGAAAUGACAGCUGGACUGGACCGCAAGAAUCUUUUGCUAUCAGCGGCAGAUAAUCAACAAUUUAAUGAGAAUAAUAAUGAAUAGUUACGCAGAUAUGGAACAACUAUUUUGUGAUGGAGACAGUUUGAGAUUUGAACAAAAUCUGCUUCAAUCUAUUCUAUCCAAAUUAGGAGUGAAAAUAUAUAUAUGGGAUAUUAUGACUCGACUCUGAAUUCGAAACUAUAUCAUAUUUGUAUUAUAAUUUUGCUAUCCGGCUCUUGACUCUUGAGUUUUUAUAUUCAGAAGCGGAUUUUAGUACACAUAUGUAAACCGACCAUUUCAGAGGAACCCAAUACUGUACAGGAUCUCAUUUUAUCCUCGAGGCAGGUGUACUAGCACGUGGAAGUCAUUGUCUACGCACGUCUUUGGGAUAAUUCGAGUUAGAGAGUUUCGUAUAGCUUCCCUCUCUUUCUUCAUCCCUCUGCACUAACAUGUUGUCAAGUGCCGCAGCAGCUGCGCAUCCGCGCUUCAUUUCAACCGCCGGGAAAGGCAAUUCCAAAGCUCGUCGUUUCUGCGGCCCCUUCUUCAUAAACAACUCUACUCCACAGCAUAAGAUCCCAUCUCCAUCUAAUACAAAUUCCAUCUCCAUUGCCCAAAAUUCUCCGCGAAAGAUAUCUCGCGUUGAUGGAACAAAACAUCUUAUGCAUGAAUUAGAAAGACUAUGCAAUGAAGGGAAUGCAAAAGAAGCCCUUCGACUAGCAGAGCAAAUGGAGAAAGAAGGUUCUCCGACCCACGUAGCCAUUCUACCUCUUCUGCUACAAGCCUGCGUUGAAACCCAUUCUUUGGCCUUCGUAAGAGAAGCCCACAAGCUCGUGUCGAGAUCCCAAUUGACAAAUUCUAAGCUAGUUCUCAGUAGUUUAGCUUCUGUGUACUGUAAACUGGGAAGCAUUGAAGAUGCCCGCCUCCUGUUCGACGAAAUGCCGCAACAGCCACAGCCAAAUCGUACGAAAGUCUCUUCUAAACUAAAGCCAACUCAGAGAACGGCGGCUAAAGGCGAAGUGGAUCCAAAGAGGAGAGAGGCAUAUGAGAAGGUGAGGGAGUUGCACAGGGAGAUACGAGCGAUAGGGUACGUGCCGGACACGAAGUAUGUUCUGCAUGAUAUUGACGAGGAGGCGAAAGAGAAGGCGCUGAUGUAUCACAGCGAGAGGCUCGCGAUCGCAUACGGGCUUAUUAGCACGCCUCCGGGGACCACAUUGAGGAUCAUGAAGAAUCUCAGGAUAUGUGGCGACUGCCACAAUGCAGUCAAGUUCAUAUCCAAGGCGGUGGAGAGGGAGAUCAUUGUCAGGGAUAACAAGAGGUUCCACCACUUCAGAGAUGGGGUGUGUUCUUGUGGGGAUUAUUGGUGACGUAUGUAUUGAACUGAUAACUGUGUUUCUGUUCUAUUUAGAUAAUCAUCCUUCCGUACUAAAAUUGAGCGUGUGAUGCUGCAUUAGUAAUUUAUUCGCCAGACCAUUCUUUUUCUUCUUUUCAAUCAAUUCCUUUUCUUGCAAA